AUGGAAGAAUUGCGGUUACAAGCUUAUGAACCAAACAAGAUUUACAAGGAAAAAGUGAAAGGAUAUCAUGACAAAAAUAUUGUUGAGAAGGAAUUCAAGGAAGGUCAAAUGGUACUCUUGUUCAAUUCAAGGUUGAAGUUGUUUCCGGGAAAAUUGAAGUCAAAGUGGUGGGGUCCGUUUCGAAUCAAGGAAGUAAAAGAAUAUGGAGCAGUUGUGCUUGAAAAUCCGACAACAAAUGAAAGAUGGACCGUGAAUGGCCAAAGACUCAAGCCGUAUCUUGGUGGUGAAGUCGAUCAAAGUUCGGAAGCCGUUCCGAUUUUUGAUCCGUAA